AUGCGCGCUGUCCACGCUCGGGAGAUGGAUGGCCGCGGCGUUUGGGGCCGGCUUUGGGGUGGCUGGCGGCGGGGGCUGAGGGUCUGCGCAGCCCCCAAGGACGCAGGCUUUGUCACCAGGGCCCGGCAUCAGCUGCAACCUAGAGGCUCCAGCAAACGGCUGGGGCCCCUCGGGGACCAGCCCUUCCUGCGGCUGCUGCAGCCAAAGAACCUCAGUCGGGAGGAGUUGGUUGAGGUGCUGAGGGCAGCCGUGGUGGACCAGAAAGGACCUCUAGUGACGCUGAAUAAGCCACAGGGUCUGCCAGUGACAG